AUAUAAAGCUCAUCUCUGAACCAUUGAAAUAAACCAAGAAAAUCCAUGGAGACUCCUUCCCAAGAUAUCAAGAACGAAGGGGAUGAUGCCCAAGAAAAACCAAAGGUGGAAAAUGAGGAGGGAGGAGAUGAAAAAGAGACUCCAUCCGAAGAUAUCAAGAUCAUAGGAGAUGAUGCACAAGAAAAAUCAAAAGUGGAACAUGAGGAGGAAAAACAUGGAAAAGAGAGAACAACUAUAAGGCCACCAGGAACUAUAAAGCCAGCAAGGACAUCAGCACCUCCAAGAAAACGUGAUCCUCCCGGCAAACCUGCUGCUGCUGAACAGCGCCACUGCCACAGUUUCAGCGCCGCUGCUGCUAAACUGUGCUGCUACCACGGUUUCCGCGCUGCUGCUGCUAAACUGCGCCGCUACCACAGUUUCCGCACUGCUGCUGCUGCUGCUGAACAACUGUGCUGCUGCUGCUGCUGCUGCUAAAACUGUGGUGCUGAAAGCCUGAAUUGAAAACACCGAAUUGAAAAAAUUGAAACCGAACCGAAUCAAACUUCAAAAAACCGAAAUCGAAAGAACCGAACCGAACUAGUUUGGUUCGGUGUUCAGUGUCCACUUUCAAAACACCGAAACCGAAAUAGCCGAACCGAAAUAAAGGAAAACCGAACCGAAGAACCGAACGUCCACCCCUAGUGCUUGUACUCCACUUCCUUUCUUUUUGAAUAAUUUUCAACUACUAUUUUAAAAGGGUGGAGUUGUCACCCAAGAAAUCAAUCCGAUUGUGGUAGGUCACUUCAAUUCAAUUAUAUUUCAGACCUUUAUGUAUCGUCUGAUGAUAAUGUAUCAUCGUUUCGUAUUGUAUCGUAUCGUAUCGUAUUGUAUUUUAUUGUAUUGUAUUGUAUUGAUAAAUACAAUAUUUAGAUAAUUAUGUCA